UUGACCCGAAACUGAGACCGCCAAUGAAGAUCUCUGCAAUGGGUUUAGGUUUUCUUGGGUUGUUUUUAAUUUUUAUUACCACUCAGGUUUUCAAGUUUUCUUCUGAUCAUCUUCAUAAUCAAGUUUACAGAACUGCCUUCCAUUUUCAACCUCCUAAAAAUUGGAUGAAUGACCCAAAUGCACCAAUGUACUACAAGGGCGUUUACCAUCUCUUCUAUCAAUACAACCCGUAUGCAGCAGUGUGGGGCAACAUUACAUGGGGGCAUUCCGUCUCCUACGAUCUCGUCAACUGGAUCCAUCUGGAUCACGCCUUGUAUCCGACCCACCCGUUUGACAUCAACGGGUGCUGGAGCGGGUCAAGCACCUUCCUCUCCAACGAAAAUCCUGUAAUUCUCUAUACCGGAAGAGACAGCCAAGACCGAGAACUCCAGAAUUUAGCAAUCCCCAAGAAUUCAUCCGACCCGUUUCUUGUUAACUGGGUCAAAUCCCCCCACAACCCGUUAAUGAGCCCGGUUGAUGGAAUUAAACCCGACAAAUUCAGAGAUCCCACAACAGCAUGGAGAGGUCCGGACGGAACAUGGAGGGUAAUUGUCGGCGGCGAAGGACGGGCAUAUCUGUAUCACAGUGAUGAUUUUGUUAGCUGGACCCGGCGGGAGACUCCGCUCCAUUCUUUACCCGGAUCCGGCAUGUGGGAGUGCCCGGAUUUCUACCCGGUUAGUACUGAAAGUGGGCUCGAUCUUGAUGAGUCUUCUUCGGUAGACGAAUUCAGUAAGUAUGUGCUGAAAGUCAGCACGUAUCCCGUUGACUCGUACGUGUUGGGAAAAUACGAUGUUGAAUCGGAUAGGUUGACUGUCGAUUCAGAAUUCGAAGAUGGCGGGUUGGAUUUCAGACAUGAUUAUGGAAAGUUUUAUGCUUCGAAGACGUUUUUUGAUAGUGCCAAGAAGAGGAGGAUUCUCUGGGCAUGGAUUGCUGAAACUGACACUGAAGUUGAUAGUGUCAAGAGAGGAUGGGCUGGACUUCAGUCAAUUCCUCGGACAAUUUUGCUGAGUGAAAGUGGACGACAGUUGGUCCAAUGGCCAGUGGAAGAAAUCGAAACGCUGCGUAGUAAGAACGUGAGCUUGCAUGAUAAAGACCUUAAAGCCGGGUCUGCCGUUAAAAUUUCCGGCAUUACAGCUUCCCAGGCCGACGUAGAAGUAUACUUCGAAUUGCCGGAACUAGAAGGAGCAGAGUUGAUGGACCCAGGUUGGGGUAAUGAUGCUCGGACGAUUUGUGGUAAAAUGACGGCGUCUGUGAAAGGCAAAGUUGGACCGUUUGGUCUUUUGGUUUUGGCUUCCAAGGACUUGACGGAGCAAACUGCCGUCUUCUUUAGAAUCUACAGAAAGGAUGAUAAUAAGUUCGUGGUCCUUAUGUGCAGUGAUCAAAGCAGGUCGUCUUCAAGAGAAGGGCCCGACAAGACCACCUAUGGAGCAUUCGUUGACAUUGAUCCUCUUCAGGACAAGAUUUCCCUAAGAACCUUGGUAAUUAAUUUCGUAGCUAAAAUUUACAUGGCAUAG